CCCUGCUAUAUAAUCCAGAGGAUCUCCCCGAAGAGCUUACGACAGUCCGCCAUGACGAUCAAGCUUACCUACUUCAACCUUAGAGGUCUCGCCGAGCACACUCGCUACAUGCUCCACAUCGCUGGAGUCGAGUACGAGGAUAACCGCUACCCGAUCGAUGUGGCUAAUGGCUUCAAGCGCCCUGAGUUCGACGCUGACCAGGCCAAGGGUGUCUUCGACAUGAACAUGGGCCGCAUCCCCCUCCUCGAGAUCGAUGGACAAGUCAUUGGUCAGUCCCGCCCCAUCGCCAGAUAUGUUGCCCGCAAGUACGGUUUCAUGGGUGACAACGACAUCGAGGCUGCCCAGGUUGACGCCGCCUUCGAGCACGUUAAGGACAUCGUCGAUGCCUACCAGAAGCCCAGGAGCAUCACCGACGAGGCCGCCAAGAAGGAGGCCAUCGAGAAGUGGUUUUCCACUGAUCUCCCCACUUGGUACGGAAAGCUCGAGAAGUCGCUUGCCUUGACCUCCAAGAAGGAUGGAUGCGCUGUUGGAAGCAAGCUCUCUCUUGCUGACAUUGGAAUCUACUACCUUGCCAUCUUCUUCUUUGACGACAAGGCUGCCAACAAGGCUGCUUGGGAGAAGUGCCCCAAGAUGAAGGCUGUGGUUGAGGCUGUUGCCAACCACCCCAAGGUGAAGGAGUGGGAGGCCAAGCGCCCUGACACCGUCAUGUAAACCUCAUGUAUUUCUUAAAAGGAGUCUAGUGAA